AUGGCCGGAAAAUUCAACCUGAAUUGCACUCCAGAAAACAAGUGUGAGUCCGAAGAACUUGAUUUAACGCUCCGGCUAGGAGGGCCGUAUGAAGAAGUAAAGAAGUCCGAGGAAACAAGGAGCACAAUGCCUAACUUUGUAGGCAACGUGGGAGGUGAACAAUCUUCAUUUGGGAAGGGUGACAAUUCACACCUCAUAGGGAAUUCAUACGGGAUUGCGGAGAUUCCUAGUGGAUCUACAAUACGGACAACCACUUUUGUGCAACCACCAAUUGUUACCGAUCCCAUUCGCUCAAUCAUUUUCCCGUUCCAUCAAGAAUUUGUGGCCAAUCGAAGCAUGUCCCGCAAGAGACCUAUCACCGAUGUUCAUGAGGAGGAUGAGACUAAGGCUUGCGACAUUUGCCAAAAUAGUACAACUCCUUCAUGGCGUAGGGGCCCCCAAGAAAAAAAUUGGUGCAACGCCUGUGGCUUGCGCAUGUCCCGUGCCAACAAACGCAAUUGA